AGUAGGGCGUAGAUACCACCCACUCAAGUUGAAUGAUUGAAUUAUGAAAAAGUCGACUAAACGGAAGCAUUUAUUAAUAAGAGCCCAAAUUUCUCAUUUGUGUGAGGAAAUUGCGUCAAAGUUCUCGUUUGUGUUGUUGUAAACUUGUAAGUAAAUAUGAACAAGAAAGGUUUGGCUAUUUUGAUGAGAACCAAAAUGAGACCUCUCUCCCCUACUACUUACAAGGUUAAUCAAAUGCAGCUUGCUCCAGAGGAGCGGAACACAACAUCUACUCAGAAUGCCUUACGCAGCAGUGGCAACACAGAGAGAGAGUUUGAGAUUGUACGAGAGACAAUGCAUUCAGCCAUAUCAAUGAACAAAAUGGAAAUUCUAGAUGUUGUACUAAAUGAUUUUGCAGAGGGUUAUUUUAGUCUUUCAAAAGAGAACCGUCGGAAAUUACUCCUUGUACUUGCUAGAGAGUAUGAUCUCAACAGGACUCAAGUUCGUGAACUGAUGAAGCAAUAUCUUGGUCUUGAGCUUCCUAAUGAUGACAAAGCUCAAGGUAAUGAUCAUGAAGAGGAAGGUUCCCUUUCUGCGUUCUACAGGAUUGAGCGUAAUUUGAGACAGGCUCUGAAGCCAAUGUAUGAAGCUUUAUUUGAACGGUUGAACACACAUCCUGGAGGAUUGAAGUUCUUGUCCAUUAUUCGAGCUGAUAUUCUAUCUAUUCUCGCGGAGGAAAAUAUUGCAUCUCUACGAGCACUUGAUUCCUACUUAAAAGAGAAGCUUAUUACAUGGCUUAGUCCUGCUGCCCUUGAACUUCACCAAAUUACAUGGGAUGAUCCUGCUUCUUUGUUGGAGAAAAUUGUAGCAUAUGAGGCCGUGCAUCCAAUCAGCAAUCUUAUAGAUCUAAAAAGAAGGCUGGGAGUAGGUCGUCGAUGUUUUGGAUAUUUACAUCCAGCAAUACCUGGUGAACCACUUAUUUUUAUUGAAGUUGCACUUCUGAAGGACGUGGCUCAGACAAUUCAGGAAGUUCUAUGGGAUGAUCCUCCAAUACCUGAAUGUGAGGCAACUUGUGCGUUAUUUUACUCUAUAUCAUCUACUCAGGCUGGAUUAGCAGGGGUCAACCUAGGAAAGUUCCUUAUUAAACGUGUGAUUGAUCUGGUGAAAAGAGAUAUGCCAAAUAUAUCUACAUUUGCAACGCUUAGCCCGAUCCCAGGUUACAUGCAAUGGCUCCUAUCUAAGUUGGCAUCAGCAGAGAGAUCUUCGUCCACCUUUCAGGAGAAGAUGCUUGAACCAGAUGAAGAAAGAGCACUUCUGGAUGCAUCUACGGAAUUUGCUAGUGGGAAAAAUGGCAUGGAAGUGAUGUGGAAUUUGUUGAGAUCAAGCAAUUAUGAAUGGAUUAGUUCACCCAAAUUAAUGUCAGCAUUAAAGACUCCUCUAAUGCGACUUUGCGCCAGGUACCUUCUUCAAGAAAAGAAAAGAGGGAAAGCUCUUGAUUCUGUUGCAAAUUUUCACUUACAGAAUGGAGCGAUGGUUGGAAGAUUGAAUUGGAUGGCAGAUCGAUCAGAAAAAGGCCUUCUUCAGAGUGGAGCUAUUAUGGUAAACUACAUCUAUAGGAUGGAGAACAUUGAAGAAAAUGCUCAGUCGUAUUUCAGCACAGGACAUAUCAAUGCUUCUCAUGAUGUCCAAUGCUAUGUCGAGCCAUUAAAGAAAGAUGAAGUGUCGUCAGAUCAGGAGGUUAAAGGAGAGUAAUGCACUAGAAUGGUUUUUCAAGAGAUUGUAUAGGUAAAAUGGAUUUGAAUCAAGUAAAUUUCAACCUAAAUUGUUGUCCCAAAUACACUUGGAAGCGGCUUGAAGAUGGGAGUGAUCUCUAAUAGCUCUGCUGGUUUGAUAGACAAAGGCCUUGCUGAGGAACAUAUCCUUUUGGAAUUAUUUCUCUGCUUUUAUGCAAUUACAUGUAUCUAUAUGCUAUUAUAUGGUGUCUAUAUGGGUUGGCUUUGUUGAAAUACAAUGGUAAUUCGAUCGGAGUAUGGUUGCACCA